AUCAAUCAAUCAAUUGAUCAAUCAGAAAAAAAAUGUCGAAAGAAAAUGUACCAAAAACAACAACAAUGACAAAUAAAAAAAUUGAUGAAACACCAAACUAUGAAUUGGAAGAUUUUAUUAUAAAAAAACAACAAGAUCGAUCAUUUAGUUUUGUUACUAAACGUCCAAUACGUAUAUCAAAUGCAUCAACAUUGAUAUUAGAUUCACCAAUGAAUUCGGAUGUACAAACAUCAAUGUCAUCAACAGCAUCAUCAUUAUCAACACCUGAACAACAACAACAACAACAAUCAUCAUUACGAAAAGGUUCAGAAUUUUGGUCAAGUCCAGAACGUUUUGAUGAUGAUUUAGGUUAUCAACCAUUAAAAGGUAUGUUAUCAACAUUAUUAUUAUCAUCAUCAAAAAGUAAAACUAGAUCAAGAUCAAUUCCACAACAACAACAACAACAGCAACAAAAAUCUCAACAACCACUAUCACCAACAAUAAUGCAUCAAGAUGAUAAUCAAUCAAGAUUACCAACACAUCGUAUGCGUAUAUCGGAAGCACCAACAUUAAUAUUGAGUGAUUUUUCGAAUAAUAGUGAUAGUAGUAGUGAUAGUAGUCCAUCACUAUCGCCACCAUCACAAUCACAAUCGAAACAGCAACCAUCACCAUCGAAUUCUGAACCAUUAUUAACGAUAAAAUAUCAAAGAAAAAUUUGGCAUCCAUCAAUGGAAUUUGAAUCAACAUCAGUAUCAUCAUUACCAUUGGGCGAUGAUGAAAAAAUUAAUGGUAAAAUACCACAACCAUCGAAACAAGAUGAUAAUCUGAGAAAAUCUUCACCAUCAACCUCGAAACAACAACAACAACAACUCGAUGAUAUAAAUUCGAAAAAAACUGAAAAAAUUUCCAUAAAAAUUCAAAUUUAUGAACAUGAUCGUUUGUUAAGAGAAAAAAUGUUAAAAAAUGAUGCUGAAUUUGAUUCAACAAGACAACGUGAAGAAGAUGAAAUGAUGAAAUUACAACAACAAAAAUCAUCAACAUCAUCAACAUCAUCAUCAUCAGAAUCAGAAUUUUUAGGAAAAUCAAGUAAUCCAAUAACAAGUGUGGAUGGUUCAUUACGACAUAAAUCAUUUGCACCAAAUCGUCGUGUAAAAUCAAAUGAUGAAUUGAAAACAGCAGCAGCAAUAUCAACCGAAACAUUAAAAUCAAAGAAUAGAAAAAAAUCUAAAAAAAGAACAAAUCAACCAAAAAGAAGUUUAAUAUUUAAAAGUUUACAAGAUAUUGAUCAAUUGGAUGAUGAUUAUGAUCCGGAACAUGGUUUACGACAAUUAGCAUCAUUUGAAACUGAUAGUGAAACAGCUGAAAGAAAAAAUGAAUUAUUAAAACAUUUAGCUAGUUAUGAACAACAACAUUCAUUUACUGGUGGUGGUCGUCGUAGAAGAAUCGAUCGUAUAUCAUCAUCCGAAGAAUAUGAAAAUGAAAUGAGAGCAAAUUUAUUACCAACAAUAAGGCCAACAACAACAGUAAAAACAAAAACACCACCACCACUACCAUCACCAACAAUAACAGAUAUGGAAAAAUUGGAAAAAAUUAUUAAUGAAUUUAAUUUACAAUUUAAAUUAUCAAAAGUAAGAAAUUUAUCUUCUGUAAAAAAUGAACCAAAAAUUAUGAUACAAGAAAAACAUGAUAAAAAUUGGUUUCGUAAACAACAAAUGGAUGAUUUUAAAAAAAGUUGUAGUAGUGGUAGUAUUUUGAGAUCUGAUAGUGGUAGUGGUAUUAGAAGAUCUGAUAGUAGUAGUGGUAGUAGUAGAAAAAGAUUAAGUGUACCAAAAAUUCGAUCACCAACAGAUCGAAGACAUAAAUCGAUUGGUAAAAGUGUUGAUCAACAACAACAGCAGCAACGACGGCGAAGAUCGCCACCGAUAUCACUACCGCCGCCAAUGUCACCAUUAUCAGCAUCGACAUCGGCAUCAUCAGCAUCGACAUCGCUGCCACCAAGACCAUCAUCAUCGAGAUCGAAAUCAAAAUCGAAAUUACCACAACCAAAACAAGUACCAUCGUCAUCCGAAUCAGAAUCCGAAUCCGAUUCAUCAUCAUCAUCAUCGAUAUCGAUAACACCACGAACAUCCGAAUCAGAAUCAGCAUCGAUAUCACCAUCAACAUCAUCAUUAUCAUCAGGAUCAUCAUCAGCAGCAGGAUCGCCAUUACCACCACUAAAAGCACCGUCCGCAUCAUCAUUGGAUCGACAAAAAAGUACUGGAAAAAUACCAAAACAGAUUUCCAAACAACAACAACAAACAAAACGAAAAAGAAGGAAAAAAUAUCAUGGACCAUUAAUGCGUCGUUUAUCAAUACCAAAUCGUCAAUUAAGAAGAUUUAUACAUAAAAUGUUUCAUACAAUUAUUAAUCAUAAUGAAAAUAAUAAUAUUAUUAUUAAUCAACCAAAAAUGAUGAUCACUAGGGAUGCAAUUGAAAUAUUGAAUUCAAUGGCAAAAGAACUUAUACGUAAAUAUGCUGAAUAUGCUGAUCAAUUAAUACUGUAUAGUGGCCGUAGGAAAAUGGAUCGUUGGGUAUCAUUUUCAACAAUAAAAAUGUUUUUAUCACCAACAUUAAAUCAUACAACAAAAGAAUCAAUAAUACAAAUUAUUAAUGAUUAUGGUUAUUAUCAAGAUUUAAAUGAUCGUAGUGAAAUAAAACAUAAAUCACAAAUCACAGAACAACAAUCGCAAUCACAAUCGCAAUCGCAACAACCUGGACCAUCAACAUCAUCAUUAGCAUCGUCAUCAACAUCAAAGUCAAACAUUCCAAGUUCAAAACAACAACCAUAAUGAUGAUAAUCAAAUUACAAAUUUUUUUUUUGUUAAAAAUUUUUCGCGCCA